AUGGGCUCUAUCAAGGACGCUCUGACUGGAGAAUGCGCUUACAGCGUCUCCGGAGCCAAUGGACUCGGACAGAGCAAUCUUCCACUCCGAGACCUUGGUACACUGACAAGGACUCUGGCCCCAAUCACAACAGCAGACCUGUUCAAAGCUGAAUGCUAUAGCAAGAGGCCAAAGUCGAGUAUUGAUGUCAGAAAGUUUCUCAGCCGCGAAGGGCGCGUCCGACAGCCAUCGUCUCUGAAAGCCAGCGUGGCCGAGAUGGGCGAAGACAUGAUCAGCUUGGGCACGGGCCGCCCAUCGCCAGACACAUAUCCUUUCGAGAAGAUGGAAUUUGCAUAUUCACUGCCCGACGCUAGUGCCUGGAGUGGUCAGGCUAUGAAUGGAAAUGGACCCCGAAUCAAGCAAGAAACAGCGGUGGUAUACAAGCAAGACGUGUCGGCUUCAAUCGAUCUAUCAAUUGCAUUGUCCUACGGCUAUUCGCUUGGGCACGAACAGCUCAUUCAGUACCUUACCACUCACGUCUCCCAUCUCCACAAUCCACCCUAUUCAGACUGGGAGAUAUGUCUUACGGGAGGAAACACAUCGGCAAUGGAGACUGCCUUUCGCAACUUUGCAGAUCCCGGUGAUUUUGUCCUGGUGGAAGAAUACACGUAUUCUGGGAUGAUAGAGGCGGCCACAGCAUUGAACCUGAUCCUGGUCCCUGUUGCCAUGGACGAAGACGGUCUGUCUCCUCAAUCCCUGGAUAACAUUCUGUCGACCUGGGACGAAGUCCAUUUGGGAACGCGGGCACCGAGGCUGUUGUACACGAUACCCACCGGACACAAUCCCACAGGCAUAACCCAGCCGCAGCAUCGCCGGCAGGAGAUUAUGGUAGUUGCCGAGAAACACGACAUUAUGAUUCUCGAAGACGACCCUUACUAUUAUCUGCACUUUCCACGAGGCCUUGGAGGGUCAGAUACUGUCGCGCUGCCGUCCUACCUAUCGCUCGACACCGCAGGACGUGUCAUGAGACUCGACAGCACGUCCAAGAUUCUCGCGCCAGGGUUGAGACUGGGUUGGCUGACAGCGCCAAAGGCCAUUGUCGAGACAUUCCAAGCCGCACAUGACCUCGGUUUGGUCCAUCCAAGCGGCCUCAGUCAGCUGGCUGUGUAUAAGCUGUUGUCGGAGACAUGGGGUCACGAGGGAUUCCUGAAUUGGCUCAAGGUUUUGGCGGGCAACUACCAGGAAAAAGCUACAGGGAUGCUCCAAGCUUUGGGAAUGGAACUUAGAAGGGGAGUAUUGGCGGAUAUAUGUUCUUGGGGCGACAUCUCUGCGGGCAUGUUCAUCUGGUUGAAGGUUGACUGCAGCAAGCUGAUAGACGUAUCACGAACACAAAUGGACGCCGAAGCAAGACACCAAGCACUGUUGGACAUUGAGAACAGGAUCUAUGUGGAGGGCUUGAAGGAGGGGGUGCUCGUCUGCAAGGGCAGCCUUUUCCGAGCGCCCCUGUUGAAAUCCACUGGUGUUGUCAAUGGCAAGGGCCAGAUGUCAAGUGAAUAUGAAAGGACUCUUGCGCAGGAGGAGGACGCUGUGUACUUCCGCCUGACCUUUGCAUCUGCUGAGGAGGCAGCUCUUGCGAAAGCAGUUGGACGUCUUGGGACAGCACUCGGUAGGGUAUUCACUGAUGUCACCAGCAAAAUAAGCCCAGAGACAGCCUCUCUCUGA